AUGAGCAAGGAAGAGAAGGACAAGUUCAAGCAACAGAUAUUAUCACUUGCAGAAGCGUAUCUUGAUAUGUACAUCCCCGUCACUCAUCAGAGAGGGCAGUGGAAACUCUUCCUCAUGGAGGUUCUGAAGCAAUUCCCGCAAGAGCUCGAGAAGUUCAAAGAUGCCGCCCCUUGGUUCAUGCUGAAGAAGGUCAGCGCAUGCAUCCUCCUAUGCCGAAAAAGAACAGAGCAUAUGUCCUACUUGAGAGCAGUCGUUCAGGUGUAA